UGUUACAAUACUAACUCAAUUUAUUUGUUACUUGAUCUUAAAUAUUUCUCAAAAUUUUUGUUUCAAUUGCUUAUGCAUUUUAUAUUCCUCAUAUCUAUUUCUAAACCACAUUCUUUGUAUAGGAUUGAAGAGAGUGAAGAAAUGUAUGAUUUGAAUUUGGUUUAAUUUGGACAAUUGAGGAGCAUAGAUUGUGUCUAUAAAGUGUGCUACGGUAAAAGUUUAAAUAUAAUUAAACAAAACGCGAAGAAGAUGGCAUCUCUCAUACCUGGAGUUCUACUGAAGCUUCUCCAAACAAUGAACUCUAAUGUGAAAGUUCGCGGUGAACACCGUUCAGUUCUUCUUCAAGUGAUAAGCAUCGUUCCUGCAUUAUCCGGUUCUGAAUUAUGGCCUAACCACGGUUUCUUUAUAAAAGUCUCGGAUUCUUCUCAUUCAACCUAUGUUUCACUUUCCAAGGAAGACAAUGAGCUUAUUCUGAAUAAUAAGUUGCAGCUUGGACAAUUCUUUUAUAUUGAUAAGAUGGAAGCUGGUACACCGGUCCCAGUUCUUGUAUCGGUUAGGCCUGUUCCGGGAAGACACCCUUUUGAAGGUAACCCUAAGGAUUUAAUGCAGAUGAUGGAGUCAUCGGAGAGUAGAAUGCAUCCUGAAAACGAUGGAGUUGAUGGUUCAAAAUCGACCGAUAAAAUAGAAGCCAAAGAGAACACAAGUUCAAGGCAGAAGAUUGUUAUUAAAGAAGAAAAGGUUUCUGUUGCAUCUAGGUACAUGAAGGGUGUUCUAAAUCCAAACUCAAAAGUGAAUGCGUCGGAUACUAAUAUAGGAAGCAAAGGAAAUGAUUUCGAGAAUGGUGUAGAUGGUAGGAAAAUGGGAUCUACCAAAGGAAAGCAGCUAGAGAUUAAAGGUCAGGUACCCCCGACAACCUCAACUCGUACUCGAUUUGAAGCACUUUCAACGAAGCAAGACAUUUCUCAAUCAAACAUUCAGGAGACAGUAAUAAAACCUUCUAAAAGCACCUCCGCCAAGCACAGUUCUACUAAACAGGAAAAUUUGAACUUGAACUUUUUGUCACAUAGUCAAGAAAAAAGCAAUUACCCCGAGACAAUUUCAUGGUCCGCUUUGCCAGCUAAUCUUUUAAAGCCAGGAAAGGGAAUUCUAAGAAGGAAACAACUAGCGUCUCAAGUUGCAAUAGAAGCUCAAAAAGAAGCAUCGGAAGCAGCAAAGAUAAUCAAGUGCUUAAGUACAUUUGCAAAUAUCUGCUCUUCUGCGGCAUCGGAGAACCCUCAUGUCAUCCUGGACAAGUUUUUUGCACUCCUACAGCUCAUGGACCGGCCAAAUGGUACAACUCAGUUGAAAGCCGAAUCUCUUGAGUCACAUAACAUUCAAUCUCCUGCAGAAAAACAUAAAUAUGGCAAAAAAGCAGGUCUAGCACAUGCGAAAAACACAUCAAAGACUGCAAAAUCCUUACCUGAAUUAUCAGGAAACGAAAAACAAGAAUGGGCGAAAGAGAAUGGUAUAAAACAGAUCAAUGAACUCAAAGAAGUUUUUUUGAAUGAAACAAGAUCAUGGUUCAUUAAGUACUUGGAGAAGACAUUGGAUGCUGGAUUUUCUAGGGUUUUCCAAGAGAAGGGUAAGGAAAGUAAGGUUAUUGCAGGAAGAGAAAUGGCGCACGCCAACCACAUCGCGGUAACAUUGUCCCACCUUAAGAAUGCAAAUGAGUGGCUAGAAAAUUUGAGAAGAGCUUUAAACUCGGAAAGUGACGGUCUGGUUGAGACUAUUGACAGAUUGAAGCAAAAAAUUUAUUCUUCUUUGCUUGUACAUAUUGAUUCUGCAGCAGUAGCUUUGGAAAACCGAGCUUGAUUCUUACAGGAAACUGUUUAAGAAAAACAAACUGUAAUGCUAUUUUAUAGGUUAAAUUAUAUAUGUUUCAACCAAGCAUUGUUAAGGAAAGUUUGGCUUACUAUAUUUAUACGUGCAACAUUUGCGAUUACAUACUAUCACACUUCUAUUUUAUCUAAUUAUUAACGGAUUCCAUAAGUCA